AGUGUGAAUGAGUGACGCAGCACAGGAAACACCUCUCUGUGCCAUGAAGGGGGCUGGCGAUCUGUCUGCAUAUGGAGCUGCAGCGCCGAGCAGACGCCUUUAAACACUCAACUUCCACACACACAACUGUUCACCGUUUACCUUUCGCCCACAAACCGAAUUCGACAGCGCACGCGAGCGAGAAAGUCUCUCCUAACAGCAGCGGUUCCGCGAGAGAACAAACUCACUCGGCGAGAAACCUCUUCCGUCUCCCGCAGCUCGGGACUCUUUCACACCGAUACACGAUGACUUACCGCGCGCGAUUCCCUCUCCAAACACCGGAGACUUUCUCACUGCUUGUUUGUUUAUUCUGAUAGGGAGGAAGAUGCUUAAAUCCUCUCUUGCAUGCCUGGAAUUUUCUGCCCUGGAACAGAAAGUGGGCGUUUUUCCACACCGAAGCAACUAGAGGAUUCAUGCAACUUGCAGUUUCAAGUGAGGCAACAUGCUGUAAGUUCUAAUGUGCAGUCAUCUAAAGGUUAAUAACAUCAGUUGCUGUUUUGCAUCGAUUUGAUGAUGAACAUUAUGCGCCUGGAUUCAUAAGACCGCACAGAUUCUGAGGUUAUUUAGAGAGACACACAGGUCGAGAUGGCACAGGAGAAUGUGUUUGAUAACCGCAGUAUAGUGGUGAAGUACAUCCACCAUAAGCUCUGGAAGAAGGGGUACGUGUGGGAAGUGAACGGACACGAUGACGGUGUCUCGAAUGGACUGAUGAUGGAGAGGCAGGAGGACCGCGGCUCCCGUCACGACCCGUGCAGCGCUCUCCACACGGUGCUACGGGACGCUGGGGACGAACUGGAGCGGCUUUAUCAGUCGGACUUCGCGGAGAUGUCCAAACAGCUGCAUAUCACGUCAAUCACGGGGCAGCAGCGCUUCACCGCGGUCAUAGACGAGCUGUUCAGGGACGGCGUGAACUGGGGCAGAAUCAUCGCUUUUUUCGAGUUUGGAGGGACCGUUUGCGUCGAAUGCGUGAAUAAGGAAAUGACGGCGCAUGUGGAUAACAUCGCGGGCUGGAUGACCGAGUAUCUGAACGGGCCGCUGCACGCCUGGAUCCAGGAGAACGGCGGCUGGGAGGCGUUUGUGGAGCUCUAUGGCAGGCAGAGGGACUCUGUGUUUCGCAGCUCUUGGUCAUCGAUAGUGACGGUCUUCGGUCUAGCGGCUCUUGGGGCCGUUGGCUUGACCAUAGGAGCCUACCUUGCUCAGAAAUGAAGAACCUUCCCCUUCUUCAGUCGCUUGUCCUCUCUCUCUCUCCCUGUCUGAACCCCCCCUCUGCUUUCCCCAGAAGACAUCCAUAUCCCAGGACUGCUCCUCUUCAAAGCCUCUCUCCCACUCUCUACAAGGCUUUCUUCUCUGCCCUCAAACACAAAGACAGAAAAGACAGGCGCUUCCGACAGAUCAUGAGAGGAUGGAGGAGAAGAAGAAUAAUGAGGUGAAAGAGACACAUGCGGCCGUGUCAUCGGCAGAAUUAGUUCAGAUCUUAAAGUCAAACAUUUCUGACAGUUUUGGUGUUCUCAUACGUAAAAACUGAUGGAAGAAUACAAAGGACAAAGCCACAUCUGGAGGUUUUGAAGGUCUGUGCUGAUUGAAAGUAUCUUUCGGAUGACACCAGCGCUCUCAAAAUGUCCUUUAAGAGUCGGGUUGAUCUUAAGAGACAGUCUGCACUAUACUACCAUCGUUGUUUCUGUAGGAUUAAUUGUAGCCUAUCUUCUACCCAGUGCUCUUUCUUGCUAACGUUUCUUGUGCUGCCAUCCUUGUAUCAUUGAAAUAGAAAGAAUCUGAAGAACGUGAGGAGGAAAAGAGAGAAAUGCAGAGAAGGUGUCUCUCAAGCCACUGGAUUUUUAUAAAAUCUCGACGGAGGGGGUGAGAAGUAUGCAGAGGGAACAGUUGAAAAAUGAAUAGUGGGAUGCCAGUCUCUCUUUAUAGCAACUUUAAAGAGCUUUAUUGAGGCCUGAAGAAGGGUUUCCUUUAAGUGCUUUGGACCAGAAUGUAAACCGAAAGGACAGAAUGGCAAAGAGUUUGAAAGAGCCUUGGUUAGACACUUUAUUGACAUGUUCAACAGAUGCGUGUGAGCCGGUCAAACUGUACAGUAUGAAAAGAGGUGACGCUUUAUUCUUCUUAAUACUGCAACUACACUUCUGUUCAAUCUAGUGUUCAUUCAUACACCAAAAGAAGCAGUUUGGUGGAUCUCAAAUCUGUCGAGAGCAAGUCGAGGUUAUAUUUCACCUCAAAAUCAAAGGAAAGAUAUAUUCAUAUAUUAUAUAUAUACACACUACUGUUCAAAUGUUUUAAGGUCAGUGAGUUCUUUUUAAAGAAAUGUAUACUUUUAUUCAGCAAGG